CUGAUCACGUGACUGUGACGAGACCUCACGUGACUUUAACAGUCACAUGACGAGCAGAAGACGCCGCAGACAGGAAGAAACAGCAAACACAUUUAUAUUCAUCAGAUGUGAUCAUGUCGUCAGCAGUGGAGAGAACAGAUGAUCUGGUGAGAGAAUAUCUGAUGUAUCGAGGCUUCACCAGCACACUGAAACAUCUCGACUCAGAAAUCAAAGCCGAUAAGGAGAAGGGUUUCCGAGUUGAUAAAAUAAUCGAUCAGCUCCAGCAUUUCAUUCAGAACUUUGAUCUGGUGGGUUUGCGGGAUUACUGGAGUUAUUUAGACCGCAGACUUUUCUCCAGACUCGAGGAUGUUUAUAGACCCACAGUGAGCAAACUUAGGACCAGUCUGUACCGCUUCUACAUCAUUUACACCGUUCAGAAGAACCCUGAGAAGACGCAGGAGUUUUUCCAGAAGCAGGCUCUGGAGCUGCAGGGUCAGGCCGAGUGGCGCGAUUGGUUUGUGCUGCCGUUCAUCCCCGCCCCCGAGCAGAACCCCACCUUCUCUCCGUACUUCUCUCGGCAGUGGGCCGACACCUUCCUGGUGUCCCUGCACAACUUCCUGAGCGUUCUGUUCCAGUGCAUGCCUCAGCCUGUCCUGUUGAGUUACGACGCUGAAGUUCAGAGAAUCACAUGUGUUCAGGAGGAGAACGAACAGCUCCGUCAGAUGUUGUUUGCUCUGCAGGGAGAAUCACGAGUGAAGAAAGACGAGGAGAUGAUGGUUCAUCACAAACUGCCCCCUUACUUUCAGCACAUGGACCGACUCGGCGAUACUGAGCUAGAUCUCGUGUCCAGUCAGCGUAAUGUCAACAUGACCACGCCCUCCAGAAACUUCUUCUCCACCUUCCUCCCUCAGGCCAGACGGCCACCUGGUAAGGCGUCCCCGGCACCGCAGUCGUCCCCCACACAGGCGUCUCUGGGCAGGAAGGACCCAGGCGCUCAGUCUGUGAAAGUGAAAGAUCCUCUCCCUGCUAAAGACUCAAAGAUGGCCACCGUUACCACGGUGACGGCAGAGUCGGCCACGGGUCAUCCCAGACAGAGACGACAUCACGACCACGAGAAGCAACGAAAAGAGCUGUUCUCCAAACUCCCAACGCAGAGUUCGGAGAAGAGAGCCGACGGUUCAGAUCCAGACGCUCAGACUGAAGCUCUCACUGAUCAGACAGACUCCGCCAAUCAGAUGCAAGGAUGUGAGGUGGGCGGAGCAGGGGCGGAGCAGCCCUUCAUUAAACUGAGUCAGGAGGAGUAUGGAGAACAUCACUCAUCCAUAAUGCACUGCAGGGUGGACUGCUCGGGCAGGCGUGUGGCCAGUUUGGAUGUAGAUGGCGUGGUGAAGGUUUGGGCCUUCAAUCCCAUCAUGCAAACCAAAGCCACCAUCAUGUCUAAAUCUCCACUGCUGUCUCUGGAGUGGGCUGCUAAACCGGACAGACUGCUGUUGCUAGGCAGCGGCGUCGGCACGGUGAGACUUUAUGACACGGAUGCGAAGAAGAGCCUGUAUGAGAUGUCUGUGGACGAUGCCCACCCGCGGAUCCUGUCAUUGGCCUGCAGUCCCAAUGGAACAUCAUUCGUGUGUUCUGCCGCCGCUCCGUCUCAUCCCACCGCCGUGACUGAGAGUGACACACGAGGCUCCGCCUCUGUUUCAGGUCAACUGCUGCUGUGGGACACAAAGACAGUCAAACAGCAGCUGCAGUUUGCGUUGGACCCGGGUCCGGUCGCCAUCAACUGCACUGCCUUCAAUCACAAUGGAAACCUGCUGGUCACCGGAGCGGCCGACGGGAUGAUACGACUCUUCGACAUGCAGCGUUACGAGAGCGCGCUGAGCUGGAACGCACACGACGGAGAAGUUUACAGCGUUGAGUUCAGUUCGGAUGAGAACACCGUCUUCAGCAUCGGAGAGGAUGGAAAGUUUGUUCAGUGGAACAUUCACCGCUGCGGAGUGAAACAGUCGGAGUAUUCGCUAUCCCAGGAUGCAGUGGGGCCGUUCGUGCUGUCGGGUUACAGCGGAUAUAAACAGGUUCAGGUUCCGCACGGGCGACUCUUCGCUUUUGAUUCUGAAGGACAGCAUGUUCUCACCUGCUCGAGUACUGGAGGAAUUAUCUACCGGCUGAGUCAAGCAGAUGUUGGUCUGGAAAGCGUUUUGUCUCUCGGGGGUCAUAAAGCGCCGGUGGUGACGGUGGACUGGUGCACGGCGAUGGACUGCGGCACGUGUCUCACCGCGUCUAUGGACGGCAAGAUAAAACUCAACACGCUGCUGGCCCAGAAGCCCUGAUCUCAGAACACUAUAGACCUCAGAAACUAUAAUCCAGCCAAUCGUCACACAGCACAGAGUCAGGUGACCAGUAGAUUCAGAGAAUGAACUUUCAGGAAUAUUACAAACCAAGAACAUUUCUAGAGAAUGUGAUGUCGUAUUAAAAAGGCCGUAAAGAUUCUGAAAGUCCGAUUUUUGACUUAUUCUGAUCAAUUGAAUAUUGACAAAGUGAUCACGUUAAUUGAUGGAGAAUUGUUACACGUCCUGAACAAACAAAUAGACCAGACACACAACUGCAUUUAGAUUGGGUCAGGUGCUUUUUACUGUCUUCAUUAGUAUUUCUAUUCUACAAAUAUAUAUAUAUAUCGCUUCAUGUUUAUUUCUGGACUGAAAUAUUUUACUCAUGGAAUAUGAAACCAAGUAUUAAAAUGAUGAAUUAUAGAAAUAAUUGAAAUGAAUUUUCUUUGUGCGUUAAUAAUACAUCUCAAGUCACAUAAUACAAAAUUAGACACUGAUGUCUAAAAGGGGUUCAAGCUCUAUUUAAGGAUGAUAAGAGAAUUCUCUGCUGGUUUUUCUGAAGAUCACAGGUU